CGGGGUCGUAAAUCCGCCAUGUUUGCCACCCCGCGGCCGUGUUGCGACACAGACGGAGACCUCGAACGACAUGAAUGUCGAAAAUAAUCUUACGGCACACAAACACGCGAAGGACGGCAGCGAGACCAUCACCAUACAAACCAGUCUCGGAGACGAAGAUGAGGACGUGCACAAAUGUGGGCGCUGUCAGAACGAGUUUUCCACCUUGGAGGCUUUUAUACAACACAAGCUGCGUCACAGUUGCAGACGUGAGCCGAGUAGUCAAGUUGAAGAGCAAACGGUUGAGACUAUAAAUAGAGACACGCACGGGGUGCAAGAAGCUGCUAGUGAGCCAGAGAGCACAAGUCCUAAUGACAGCGCAAGCACUGCCGCGCUGGGACGAGGAUGCAGGAAGAAAAUCACUUCUUUGAAGUUAUCCCAGGGGUCCGAGACGCCUAAAGACUCCGACAUUGUCGAGGGUGAUAAGCCCGUUUUCAAAGUCAAUGGAGACGGCCGCUACAUUUGCCAGCUCUGUGACAAGACCUUUAAAACGAGCAACAUCUUGAAAACUCAUAUGAAGACUCAUAGCGAUCAGAAGAACUUUGCGUGCGAACUAUGCGGCAACUCCUUCCGCACUAAAGGGUCUUUGAUUCGUCAUAACCGCCGUCACUCUGAUGAGCGGCCGUACCACUGCGUGCUGUGUGGCCAGUCCUUCAGAGAGUCGGGAGCCCUCACCAGACACCUCAAGUCCCUCACACCCUGCACUGAGAAAAUCCGCUUUGUUCAGUGCAAGGAGAUUCUGGUGAGCAAGGAUGGAAGGAAGAAAGGACUUGAUACUGACAUCCCGACGGAGACUGCCCAGCAGCAGGAAGUGGUGGUGGUGGAGGAGCAGCCGGCAGAGGAGCAGGUGAUAGAGGCACAAACGGCCGUGGUCAGUUUGGUGGAAGCAGGCUCUCAAGAGGUCAUCCACGAGGUUCACUUCACCAUGGAGGUGGAUGGCACAACGCAGGAGCAGCAGGUGAUGGUGAAUCAGUCUCAGGCAGAAGCUCUUGCCGCCGCUGCCGCAGCGGGUGAUAACCUCAUCUGCCAGGCCAUCCUCAACGCCGGCAUUGCUCUGAAGACGGAAGAGGAGCGGGUGCCGCAGGCCGCGCACGAACUGGAAAAAAUGGUCAUUGAGUGUCCCGUCACAGAUGGUGCUGACAUCCAAGUUAAAGAGGAGUUGGUAGAAGUGGUGGCACGGGAGGUGGAUCAGACAGUCUCCAAAUUGUACACAUGUCCACACUGUGAUCGCUCUUUUAAGGGGCUGAACUACUUCCGCUUCCAUGUCAAAGGCCAUUUGGGUUACAAGCCCUUCAAGUGCACCCUCUGCCAAAGGGACUUCCUGAGUGGGUACCUGCUGAAGAAGCACAUGGAAGUCCACGUCAGCGAGAGGCGCUACAAGUGCGGCGAGUGCGGCAAGCUGUACAAAACGGUCGGACACGUACGGGAGCACAUGAGGGCCCACUCGGACGAGCGACCCUACCACUGCACCAGAUGCAAGAAAGCCUACAAGACCAAGAACGCGCUGCAGGUGCAUCAACGGACCCACGGCGAGGAGAAACCAUACGUGUGUCAGUUCUGCUUCCGAGGCUUCCGAGAGAAAGGCUCCUUGGUGCGACACACUCGCCACCACACCGGCGAAAAGCCUUACAAGUGCCCAAAGUGCGGUCGGGGCUUCGCCGAACACGGCACUCUCAAUCGCCACAUCCGCGCCAAAGGGGGCUGUAACAAGGACGAGUCCAGCAAGCAGCAGCAGGUGGUGGAGGAGGUGGUGGUCACAGAGGAGCAGCUCUCCGGCGACAACGUGGCUACUGCGGCUAUCAUCACUGAAGAUCCUCACGCGCUGCUGGUGGAGUUCUCCUCCAUGGUAGCAGACACGCAGGAGUACAUCAUCAAGACUCAGACAGACGAGGAAGUGCACGAAGACGGCGUUACGCUCAUUCAGGACAGUCAAAAUGAGAUGGGCAACCACAUUGUGAAAGUGGUGCAGCAGAUCGUCAGCCAGGCGCACGGCACCGGCGGCACGGGCAGUCACCAGAUCAUCCUGCGCAACAUGAGCGGGAGUGAGGAGGGCGCGUCCAUCCUGGACUGUGGCGACACCAUCACCAUCGCCACCCCUGACAGCCUGACGGAGCAGGUGGCCAUGACGCUGGCCUCAGCCAUUGGCGACGGCACACUGCUGGCCCGAGCUGUGGAGACCGCACGGGGGACGGUCGCGAUGGUGACCGCAGAGGAGACGGCGCAGGGGCAAAUCCAGCUGAUGGAGCAGCAGCAGCCCGAGGAGGCCUACGUGAUCACCACGCCACAAGAGGUGGAGAUUCAGACCGUCGUUGUGUGAUUGGGGACGCGCCUACAAACUGAGGUCCAAGCUCUUCGAACAACAAAGCACAGAAGUUGUCACUUCAUUUAUGCUCUGAAUGGAUUCCUUUAUAAUG